AUGGUCUUCACGGACCCUGGUGAGCUGGACGUUGGAGAUGAAUACGAUGGCGUCAGCGAUCCCGUUGCCCGUACCUCUUCUAUGUCUUCAGUUGCCGGCUAUGUCUUCACUGCCGUGUGGGAUGCAAACUAUUCGAACGUAAUUGGAUACCCUACUGCUCUCCCUGGCCCUGGUCGCUCCGUCCUACAGUACCGAGAAACCGAGCGAGGCAAAUCUGUCAAAAAGGGUACAAAACUCCGAAUUCUGCCAGUGGGAGAUUCCAUUACCGUAGGCUUCCUGAGCGAUCGCAAUGGGGGUGAUGGAAAUGGAUAUCGAGGGCAAUUGAAAAAUGAUCUAUCUGGCGAUGAGGUGAUCUUUGCCGGCACUGAACGUUCAGGGACCAUGAGAAAUGGUAACUAUGCUGCGUGGUCUGGACAGACUAUCCAGUACAUUGCAAAUCACGUCGGACCAUCUCUUGAGCAACGCCCCAAUAUCAUUCUUCUGGCAGCAGGGACAAACGACAUGAACCCCAACCCAAACAUAUCAAAGGAAGGAAACGACCCUAGGGGAGCAGCGGACCGUUUGGGUCGGCUCAUUGACAAGAUGAUUGAGGCGUGUCCUGACGCCACUAUCAUCGUUGCCAUGAUAAUCGACACAUGUAACCAGGACCAGUCGCCGAGAACGCGGCAGUUUCAACAGCUUAUUCCCGGUGUGGUACGGUCUCGCAGAGACGACGGGCAACACGUGCUAGCCGCCGACUUCACCACGUUCCAGACGAGCAAUCUACAAGACUGCAUCCACCCGACCAACGACGGUUAUAAGCUCAUGGGCGAUUACUGGUACAGCUUCAUCCACCAGAUUCCCAAGAGCUGGAUCGAGGACCCAGUCGGACCCGAUCCUAUCGACGAUGACGACGGAGAAAAUGGCGGCAUUGACCAGAAUAUCCCGCCUCCGGAUUGGGGUAGAAGUCCCAUUCAGGUUACGUCCAAAGAGGAGGUGCGCGAGGCCGCCGAGUGGGCUCGAGGAGGCUUCGAUCGUCCCGUUGCGUGCCGUGACGUGCCCAACUGGCGCGCCACGGGGAAGAUUGCCCUGGGCCUCGAGCGCAACGGCGACUGGAAGUACCACAGGAACUGGGUCGCUGAAGGAGAAGUGGCCUCGGGCCUGGGAUGGGACGAACGAUAUGUUCGGCUGCACGACAUGAAUGGCGAUGGGAAAGCAGCAAAAACUAUCUACUUGGCGGACAUGAAUGGCGACGGGAUGGACGAUUACCUGGUGGUGGAUCCUAGAGACGGCUCAGUCAGAGUCUGGUGGAACUACGGGCCAGACGAGAAUUGGGUCAACGGCUGGAAAUUUGUCGCUGGCGGUGAGAUUGCCUCGGGAGUUCCACACGCCAACCUCGAGACCUUGAGAUUCCCGGACAUCAACGGUGAUGGACGGGCCGAUUAUGUAUACAUAGGAGAGCAUGGUUCCUUGAAGCAUCACAUGAACACAGGUUCUCCUGGGGGGCAGGAUGUGCUAUUUCAUGCGAUGGGUGGUAUUGCCACCGGUGCCGUUGACGACAUCUCACGAUUGGUGUUUGCCGAUAUGAACGGCGACGGUCGAGAUGACUACCUUAUAUGGGAUGACGAUGGGGGUUUAACAGGCUUUCUAAAUCAGCCGACCAACCGAGAAGGAGUGCCUCUUUACAUCAAUCAAGGGCCUGCCAAAACCAUCGCUGAAGGGAUCCAAAAGCCGCCCAGCACCAUCCGCCUGGCAGAUAUGGAUGGAGAUGGAAAAGACGACUAUGUAUAUGUCGGCGACAACGGCGCCCUUUCCGUCUGGUACAACCGUGGCAGAACUGCAGAUCACAUGUCCAUUGACGGCUUACGCUUUGCCGACAUUGAUGGUGACGGAAUCGAUGACUACAUCUGGCUUGAUCCUGAUUCUGGGGCUCCGACAGUUUACAUCAACUCCGGCAUCAAUGACGCUGACUCUCUUGGUUGGACAUGGCGGCCAGCAAAUGGCGGCAAUCCCAUUGCAACGGGAGCAGCCCCGGCAUCUCAAGUAGUUUUCGGAGACAUUGAUGGAGACAGGCUGGAUGAUUAUCUGGAUUUGGAUCCCAAGACCGGCCUACUAAAGGCGUAUCUCAACCUUGGAUUCGACGUUGUCGACCGCAGUUGGCCAUUCAGACCAAUUGGCACCAUCGCUUCUGGUCUUGGGCCUGGUCACAGAGUUCGGAUAGCGGAUAUUGACGGCGACGGGCGCGACGAUUACAUCCUCCUGAAACCUAAUGGCGGCACCACCAUCUACCGCAACAUCUACGCGCCGGGCAACGAUGGCAAUAAAUACCGCGCCAUGCCUGACGCCGACGCCUCCGGAAUCGGCCAGUCUCCCGACGAGAUUGAUUUCGUCGACAUCGACGGUGAUGGUCGCGCCGAUUACGUGUGGACUCGCAAACUUGAUGGCCGCGUACGGGUCUGGUAUAACCAAUACCCGACGAAGCCGACGUGGCGGGAAGGAGGAGAGAUUGCGGGCGGCGUGGGCACUUCCGGGGCUAACGUAAGGUAUGCAAAGCUGCAAGGCACGGGCCGCGCCGACUACGUAGCCGUGGACCCAAAGACGGGCGCCCUGGGUGCAUGGCUGGGCGGAUGUCGAGACCCGGAUACUACUGCUAAGAAGAAUCGCGUGUCGAUUGGGCGCGGGACGCGGGGAGCGCCCGGGAAAGAUUAUGAGCACGUAUGGGUGGUUAAGAUGCAUCCGGAAGGCGAAGAAGAUAGCGGCGGGUUCUGCAAGCCGGAUGGGGCGCAGCCGUAUGAGUUUAACGAUGUGGACCCCCGCGACUGGCCUACAGCGAUCUGGAAGAUACCAAAACUCUUUGGUAGCCAGUGCUUUUACGUUGGAGGUCGGGACCGCAUCGGGCAGAUGGUGUGUGAUGGUGUAAGAGGGACACGAUGUUUUCGGGAUCCGAGAGCAGGUGUUGGGCCUGGCUGUGAUGAGGCAGUGUCUGGUACUCGGCUAAUUAUAUGCGAAUGGUGA